AUGCUCAUCUCCAGAUUGCGAUGCCCUAAUAGAGUCGUAGUAAGAUUUUUCACAGGUGCCGCCAGAGCUAGGAAGUUCACUGUACCUGAUGACUACAAGGAGACUCACCUCAACAUUAGCGCCAUUCCACUCUCAACAUGCUUGAAAAUCUGGAAAAGGUCGCUUAAACCACAAAGACUCAACCAAUUACAGCAUGAAUUGGUGGAGCUCAUGUAUCCAUCUAAUCUGGAAGAAAAUAAGGAUGUCCAUAGAGAAUACAAACAGGUCAAGAUAGAUAAAGAAGGAAACCAUAUCAACGAAGUUAGCUUUCUGGUCGUACACGAUCCAAGUCUUUCCACCAAACACGUAGUAUUUGUCCAUGGAUAUGGGGCUUCUUUAGGAUGCUUUGCACGUAAUUUCCAGGUGAUCAAUUUGUUGAAGAAUGACAAAACGCAUAACUAUAAAGUUCAUUUUCUAGAUAAUUUGACUUUUGGACUCUCUUCAAAUCCCAAGCUCAACAACCCAUUCAUCAACAAGUGGUGGAUCGCCCAAGCUCCAAAGCUCAAACUCCACGAUCUGCAAAUACCCACAGACCCCAAAAAGUUGUAUAACAAGUAUUACAAGUUGAUAGAUGGUUACGAGAUAGACGUAAAUGAGUUCAAGAAAUACCAGAGUCACUACUGGCCCAUAUUGAAGGACCUCGAGCAUUACCACACUUCAGCACUUGACAAUUGGAGGGCAGCUUCUGGCAUCGAUAAGAUAGACUACUUGGUGGGUCAUUCAUAUGGAGGCUACUGGUCAGCUUCGUAUUCGGUCAGGUACCCCGACAAUCUCAAGAACUUGAUUUUGCUUUCUCCUGUUGGAGUCGAAAGACACGCACAGGCUGUGACGAAUGACAGUGUAGAUUCAGUUCCGGAAUCAAUCAAAGUUGUCAAGCUCAAACCUAGUGUAGACCCUACCUCGUUCAAGUUCUUGACUCGCAUCCCUAUUCUUAACUCUAAACAUAAUUUUAGUUGGUACUACUGGCUUCCAUUUAUGCCACGGUUCCUCAAAUGGCUCGGACCAUGGGGAGUUUCGCAGUACUAUAAAAUGUGGUUAAGCAAGUUGCUCAAGAUCAACAAGCUUAUCAAGAAGAAAGGUGGUGCAUCAGCAUUAUUCAAAAGCAGCAAUGACUUGGUCUAUGGCACGCCCAAGGAAGUGAUGUUAAUUGUAGAGUACCUCUACAACUCCAUCAGCAGGGGGUCUAGAAGUGAUGUCUACAUCAAGAAUUUAUUGACUCCAUCUACCGUGAGUAAAUGGCCCCUCUACGACAAGUUUCAUGACUUUUUCAAGAACCAGCCUAAGAACAAGUUUCCCAUCCACUUGUUGUAUGGUCAGUUCGAUUUCAUGAAUGCUGAAGCGGGAGAAAAGUUAGCGCAUUUGAUUAACUCUAAGUCAGACAAGGAAACUGCCAGUUUCUACAAGAUCAGUGAGGGAGGACACAACUUGUACAUUGACAAUCCGUUUGAAACUAAUCAGGUUAUUUAUGAGAUUGUUACGGGCAAGAAUGACAAAUAG